ACAUAACUAAAGUGUAUAAAAAAUAUGCAAGAAAAGCUUAUAAAAAGUGCCUAAGCAAAUGUUUUUAUUUGCCAAUCAAAGUGCAUGUGCUCAAAAAUCAACAAUCCGACAAUCAGAAUAAAUCGACUACAGACAAGCCGCUAAAUAAGAUUCUCACUUAAAGCGUGAAAAAUGGCCUCUGCAACACAGGCCAACGGCACAGCAAAGACCGCCACCGUGGCCGAUAACGACAACGAUAACGACUACAUAACAGUUGUAGAGGUCGAUGACCCCACAUCGUCCACAAAGGAUCGCCUGAAAAAGCUAGUCAAACGGCAAUCAUCCGUGGCGGAGGACUCCUCCUUCAUCACAGUGCUGACCAUCAACGAGAUGGAGUUGCUGCAGCAGCGUCGCCAGGAGGAGGAGGAGGAGCAGGCGGAGGCGGGCGACAGUUCCUGCAUCCAAAUAAUGGAGGAUCAGGUGGAGGAUGUCACAGUGUUCCGGCUGCCAGGUGAGCGUCUGGGCUUCGGUUUAAAGUUCCAGGGCGGCACGCGGAGCACAGAGCUCGUCCAGAAGCUGUACAUACAGUCCUGCGCCGCCGACAGUCCCGCCUCCAAAGUGGCCACCAGCUGGGGCAAUCUUCGCGAGGGCGACGAGAUCGUGCGGAUUGAUGGCCAUGAUGUCAGGGAGAUGACUCGCAUCGACUGUGUGCGCGGUCUCAAGGACAAUGUGGCCAUCCAGCUGGUGGUGCGCAACGGGCACGGCCAGAAGCCGCCCAGCGAGGAGGAGUCCCAGCAGCAGCUGGAGCAGCUAUCGAUCACACUCAAUGCCCAGCCACCGCCGCCGCCGCCAGUGCCACCGAGGAAACUAGUGAGGCGACAGAACUCCAAGGAGAAUCCUGGACAGCUGCAGGCCGUGGAGAAGCCUUUAACGCCGCCGCCGGAUGCGGAGUACUACAUCAAUCUCCUCACCGAGUCGAUCAAGGCCGGCUCCGAGUCAGAUGACACCGCCAGCACCAUAUCCACAGUCAUUGACAAGUUCUCCAUGGGCUCCAACUACUCCUCGGACAGCAGCCUCAAUGGCCAUGAGUUGGCCAAGGUCCUGCAGCCCUUUACCCUCCUGGAGCAGGAGUUUCUGCCCUUGGAACAGCCGAUGGGACACCCCAAGCUGCUCAUACCCGGGAACAACUAUGAGAACGUUGAGUUCAAGACGGAAAAGGUGAAUGUCUACGAGAAUGUGGUUUUAAAGAGUCCGGAGACUACGCCUACGCCAAAGCCCAGAGUCCAGUUGGUGGCCACCGUGGAGCCCAAGAAGCGAUCUAUUAUACCAACUCCCCGCAAGAUUCCUACGCCCAGUAAGCUGCCCAUUGAGGUGGCACCACCAAGAGUGCCUCCUCCAGCCGCUGAGGAACCUAAGACUCCUACGAAUGAGAAGCUGGAUUCUCCAAGGACACCCACAAAUGAGGGAGUAAAGGAACCCCCCACCAGUGCCACCAAAAUACCCAAGGCCAACUUCUCGCGGGCCAAGACAGAGGGUGAGAUCAAAUUGCAUCUUCAGCCGACGAAAAAGGAGUCUCCUUCGCCGGCGGUCAAGUCGCGCAUACCCAUAGUCACAACUCCCACACAAAAGGUGGUGUCCAAGCCAGUGUCGCCGCCGCUUAAUGGAACCUCGAGCAUCCCUAGGCUACUGCAGAAGCAAAAGUCCGAAACGGAUCUCAAACUUAAUCUAUACCGAAGCAAGUCCAAGGAGGCGAGUCCCAGGCCACCCCUGCAGAGAGCCAACUCUGCCGAGGCGCCAGAGCGCACCUUUAUACCCGUCCUCCUCAAUGGCAAUGGCAAGAGUUCCAAUUCCCUGGAGAGCAUCAGUUCGAAUGGCAGUAACAGCAGCGGGAACAGCAGUGGAAGGUCACCCAAAGGACCCAAACCCAAGCCUCCAGAGCGAGUUCAGUCGCUGCAAAAGACUCAGAUACCCAAGUUGCAGUCCCUGCCCACCACUCCGCCUCAGCAGCAGCCCAAGCUGAGCAUGCAGACCUUCCGACAGAGUCCUCCCACGCCCAGGUCCACGCCAGUGGGUACUCCCUCACCCACAAGUAAUCGCGAGAUACGCUUCAAGAUUCAGACGUACGAGAACAAGGCCCAGGAGGAGGAUAAGCUGCCCAGUCUGUUUGACCUGGUGCACAACACCAACCACCCGGAGGACAAGGAUACUGAUUCACUCAAGACCCACAAUAGUAUCACGGCUCUACUGGCCGCCGCCGCUGCCGAGGCUGCAGAUCUCUCACGGGAAUCUCCUCCACCCCUGGUCGUGGGCAAGUGCAUGAAGAUUGCGGAUGACAACCAGAACACCACUUGCUACUCCAGCUCUAGCAGCGGCGAAGAUGAGGAUGAGGAGGAUGAGCUGGAUGCGGCCAACAGGGAGUAUGUAUGCGAGGAUGGUGAGAAGCUGGGACCACCGGAGCUGAUCAAUGGACCGGGACCCUCUGAGGCAUACUUUAACAUGUUUUGGCACUCCAAUAUGCUGCCCACCAUUGGUGAAGUUGAGGAGGAAUUCUCCUCUUUGGAACCACAAUCCCUGACCAAUGGAAGUCUUGUCAAAGCAGAAGAGCAGCAGUCAAAGAAGUUGCCCAAAAUGGAGGUUAAUGCUGGCCAAGUGACCCAGCUGACCGGCGAUAAGAUUGCAGAGAAUGACGCAAGGGAAACUAAAGUGGAGGAGAAUCACAGCAGCUCCACGGUGAAGAGCCAACGAACUUCGACCAGCACUACUACCACCACCAAACGAGUGACCACCACCAAGACUAGCUCUUCCAGCAGCUCAAUUAGCAGCAGUUCCUCGACCCUCCUGCCCGACAUAGCCUUCAAGCUGCAGCCGUACGAGGAAAGGGAGGACAAGUGUGGGGAAUCACCACCACCCAUCACGACCACCGUUCACGAGGAACGACGUGUCCUAAGCGAACAGCAAACACUCAGCGAACUGAGGACAAAGGAUUCGAUUACCGGAGAGGAGCAGCUGGUGACCAGUGCCAACUCGAAGUCGAGCAGUGCCCGGUUCAAGAAGAUCAGCAGCAACGACAACCUGCUCGACCUUGGCGACGAGCAGGAGAUGCAGGAGCAGCCGUUGACCGCCACGAUCAGCCAGGAGUCGAGUCUGAGGGAGCGGCUGGAGUGUCCGCAGGAUAACCAGAGUAUCGAGCGCGGUACCCUGACCCUAUCCGAGCGUGGCAAGCAGCUGAGCCAGAGCCAGGGUCUGUCCACCUACACGGAGUGCGAGAGCAGUGAAAAGGAGUCUUACCUGGAGGCACAACAGGUCCUCAAUGGGAAUGGUACUCCCCAGGAAUUGGAUGUAAAUGAGCAGCCCACCUUCGAGCGGGAGCUGAGCGAGACACUGACGGUGACCAACGAUGGGGAAAAGCAGGUCACCAGGAAACUGGAGCAGAGCAAGGAUGUGGCUGGCAAGAAGGGAGCCAAGCUGCUCAAGAAAACGGAUGAAGAGCGACGUCUUGAGCAGGAGGCCCAGAAGCUAAUCGAGAGUUACCAGAAGGUCAAGAAGGAGGCGGAAAAGCUCUACAAAUCCGAGCUAAAUGACGAUGAUCAGGGCUUCGAUUUGAGUGCCUUCGAACAGGCGGAGAAGAAGAAAGAGCAGAAGGAUACUCCCAGCCAGGAAACUGUGGAAAUCAUUAAAGAAGUUAAAGCUGUCCCUCAGCAAGUCAAGGAAGAGGAAGUACCUCCAGCUCAGCAGGAAGUAAUUAAAGAGAUUCAAGUCCCAGAAGAGAUCAAAGUCGAAAAGAAGGUGUCCCAAGAGCAAGUCAAAGAGGAGAUUGUCUCUAACGAAGCCUGGGAGAAUGGUGUCCAGACAGUCUCGCGCCAGGAGGCCAAGGUAGUUCAUAAAGAAAGUAAAGUGAUCAAGGAAGGCUCAAUCCAAGUAACCGGGACAACGACAAGUCACAAAGUGUCCACCGAAAAAGUCAAGGUAUCCAAAGAAGUAGUCACAGUUUCCUCAAAGAAGGAAACUCCCACACAAAUAGAGAUCAUCUCACCGCCCCUGGAGGAAGACCUGGGCUAUGUUCUGCACAAACACAUUAUCCAAACGCCGGAGAAAAUCAAGCCAGUGCCCAAGCCCAAGCCCAAGCCACCGGUGCCCACAAACAAACCCAAAAUGCCAACUAAACCCAAGACGGCACCACCGCCAGUGCCCAGCAAGAGGAGCGAUGUGUCGGUAGCCGCUCAGGCUAAGCUCAGCUCCAGCUCAGGCUCCAGUUCAGGCUCAGUCUCCCCAGGAGCUAAGCCCACGCCCAGUCAGAGACGCAGCAGCCUGGAGAGCUCACAGCCGCCCAAACCACUAGAGCGCAUAAUUGUCGGCGUGGAGCAGCCAAUUAUCAACCUGGCCAGCGAGGAUUUGCCCAAUGUGGCUGAAAAAGUCGCGGCAACAAGUCCUGUGGUGGAAAUGCCGCCAGAUGACCUGCAAUUCGAGAGUCACCAGCUGCCGGAUGAUGAGGGCAAGCGGCCGCAGCAGGAAAAGGACUCGCACCUGCUCAGCGGGUCGUCAUUCUCGUCGGUGACCACCACGCCCAUAACGACACCAAUUCUGGUAUCUGCCACAUCAUCGAUGGACUCGGUGCAAAGUGUCAUCGAGGUCGUCAAUGGCAUGCCCAUCAUCAGCCAUCAGCAGACGGACGACGACGAUGACAAGGAUGGUGAUGAUGAUGAAGACGAUGAUGAUGAUGCGGGUGAUGAGUUGCCGUUGGCCAAUGGAUCAAAGGAGACGACGACGACGGCUCCCGUCGAGGAGGUGACAACGUUGCCGCCCAACAGAGAACACGAAUCAGAUCUUGGAACCCUUAGUAGCCACCACAGCAGCAUUGGCAACCUCAGUGCCAACAGCAGCAGCAUCCCAUCAGUAACCUUGAUCACCAGCAGCAGCAGCAGCAGCGGCAAGAAGACAUCCUCCGAGCUGGUAACACCCACCAAGCCGCCGGCUGCAUCUGUAAAUCCCAGCAAAAUGGAGCUGCUGAGCAGCAACAUCAGCAGCAGCACAGUUACAGGAAUCACAACGACGACAGCCACACAUCACCUGCACCAGGCGACGACCACAAAGCAAUUGCUGGUGCAGGAUUACCUGAGCUACGCCUCGCCACCGACCUAUUCUCGCCUGCCGCCCGACGGCCAUGAGUUUCCGCCCAACUUUAGCGAGCCCCUGAUCAUGCACAGCAGCCAUCCCCUGAAGGUGACCAGCACUGAACUGGGCUAUGAGAUCCAGAAUGGCAAAGAUGAAAGCUCCUCUGCGGCACCGCCACUGCCCAAAACAGGGCCGCCGCCCACAGUUCCCCGGAAGGUGUACCGUCAGGAUUUGGUGAUAAAUGUGGAGCCAGCUCCUAGCUUGACCCGCGACUACCAGAGAUCCCUGAGUGGCGGGGCACCGAGGAAGCCUAGUGAUUGGCGGAAGGAUGAGAAGUCGGAGAAGUCGGUGCGGGACAAGAUCGCCAUGUUCUCGUCCAACAACGAGCUGGAUGCCAUACCACCGGCUCCGGCCACAGCCCCUAUAAGCAACUCCUCUUCCUCCUCCUUCUCCCGAAAGCCGAUGAACCGCAGCAGUGAGAAUCUGCUGGACAGCUGCUCAUCCCCGGCAGCUCCGUCGCUCAAGACCCGCGCCAUGAGCGUGGAGAAUCUGAACGAUGUCCAGCGACAAUAUCAGUUGGCCAAGCAGCUGCCUCAGUUGCAUGUGGCCGACUCUAUGUAUUCCCUGAAUACGGCCUCGUCCCCGGUUUCACAGAGCUACGCCUCCCUGCCCAGGAGGAGUCACGGCGGAUCCUAUUCCGCGGGCGUAGAGCGAAGGAUCAGCUUUUCCGGCGAAGGUGGUGAGGCGGCCAAUCGCAAGGCGGCCAUAACCAAUAUCCUAGAGCAGCGAAGAAGGAGUCUAUCCAAGCUACGGGGUCUGGUCAUACCCGAGAGACCCCAGUUGCUGGAGCCCAUUCUUGACUUACCCGAGAUCAAAAGCCAGGUGAAGGCGGCCAGUGGCGAGGAUAGCACGGACAGUGGUCUGGGAGAGAGCCAUCGCAGCACCACAACCGCCAGGAGCAGCCAACUAGGAGCUGGUAAUGUGUCCGGCAGCAGCUACCGCAGCAUCUUUUCCAAUCAGAGGAGACCUGCCCUGGAGCAGCAGCUCUCCCAGCCGCCGGCCAAGCCGCCAAGGACCUCCCUGACGCCGCUCCACCCGAGGACCAUGAUGAUGCCGCCACCACCGCCGCCUCUGGAUCAGGAAAGCGAUACGGACUCUGUGUUCUCCAACACAGCCCGUGUGGCCACGCCGCCGGAGAAGUUUGCCCUGACCCGAACCCUUAGCUCCGAGACGAACACUUCAAUAGCCAGCUCCAACACCUCGACCCUGACGUCGGGCUCCUCGGCUGGUUCCCAGGCCAGCUGCAGUUCGCUGGGCAGUACCCCGGCCGUGGACCUGACCAGGCGAGUGCUUAAGAGUCAGGUGAGCGGCAAUGGCGGUGACUCCGUGGUGCUCUCCAGCCGGAAGAGCAUACUGGCCUCGGCCAAGUGUCGCAGUGCCAAGAGCCGGGGACAGGAGGAGGACAACGACAGCACCGAUGGUGAGGCCUGCUCUUUGGCCAACCGCCGAAUGAAGCCCAUUUCCAGCUACAAACUGCAGCAGCAGCAGAUCCAAAUGGGCAAGCAGCAACUGGUGGUCGAUAAGCUGAUCAAUGUGGCUGCCUACGUGGAGCUGACCUCGGAUACGGACGACAGCAGCCGGCGAUCCGAUACGCCGGCUAAGAUCAGUGCCAUGUUCAUCGAUGAGGAGCGCAAGGCCAGCUUCAAGGGUGAUCCCGUCCAGCAGCAGCAGGCCAAGGUCAAGGUGGAGCCAAUGGUCAAGCCGCUGGUACCCAUGGCACUGCCCUCUCCAAAGCGGGAACCCCUGAAGCAGCAGACCACCGCCGAGCUGCGCGAGAAGUUCGAGCGAAGUGCGGCCCAAGCUCAGGCUCAGAGCCAAAACCACUCGCCAGUGAUCCAUAAGAUAGCUCCGAAGCCGCAUCAUGAGCGCUUCUCGUCGCUGGACUCCCUGGCCUCCAGUUCCUCGGGCGUGAGCUCCACCACUCAAAAUGUGAGCACCACCCAGGAAACGGCCACCGAGUUCGGUAGCUUCUCCUCUUUGGGCAGCAACCAGAGCCUGAUCACCGCCCAGGAUGUCCAGCAGAUUGUGGAGGAGGCCGAUCCGCCCCUGAAGACCCCUGAGGCGUUCAUCAUUGUCCUGCAGCGGGAUAAUCCGGAGAGCAGCAUUGGCAUUACUCUGGCCGGAGGUUCCGAUUAUGAGGCUAAGGAAAUCACGAUCCACAAGAUCCUGAGCAACACUCCAGCGGCCAAGGAUGGCCGUCUCAAGAAGGGCGAUCGCAUCCUGGCCGUCAACGGAAUGAGCAUGCGGGGAUUGACGCAUCGCGAGUCCAUCAGUGUGCUAAAGACCCCCCGACCCGAGGUGGUGCUGGUGGUUACCCGCUCCGAGUCCCUGGUGGUAAAGUCUCUUACCAAAAAACGCUCUUCCCUCGGUUCGCUCAGCUCGCUCAAUGAGAAGCCCACGGAGCUGGAUUAUGAGCGCAAGAGGAACUAUCACAAGGCCUCCCGAUCUCUGGACUUGGACCUGGACAUAGUGUCCAAUGAGGCGGGCGGUUCGCCAGUGGCCACCACACCCAGCACUGGAUCAGUGAGUCCACAGCAGCCGGCUAGCUUGCACGACGAGGAUGCGGAGGCCACCAUUGCGGGAAUCCGAGCCAGAAGGCAGUUGUCCCGCGGCGAUGCCGCCAAGCUGAGCACAAGUGAGCUGCUGGAACGAGCGGCGGAGGCAAGGAAUGCCAUUGCGGCGGAGAUUCGGGCACAAGCGGAGGAUGCGGCGGCCAAUGGAGCUGGAGCGCGUUGUGUGGAGAUUGUCAAGGACAGCUGUGGUCUGGGCUUCUCCAUUGAGGGAGGCUUUGAUUCGCCCUUGGGAAAUCGUCCCCUUAUUAUCAAAAAGGUGUUCAUGGGUGGCGCCGCCCAGAAGACCAACCAGGUGCGUAAUGGCGACGAAAUCCUGAGCAUCAACGGUGCCUCGACAGCGCGAAUGACGCGCGUGGAUGCCUGGAACUACAUGAAGCAAUUGCCGCUGGGACCGGUCAAGAUUAGCUUCGCCUAGAAGAGAUUUGGUCGUAAAUUAUAAAAAAAAGAAGAAAUAAUGCCAACGAAGAAGGGGAAGAAUGCGCCACAAUUUUUGUUAGAUUUAAGCUAAUUAGUUUGGUUACCCCGCAAUCGGUCUAACCUUGUUGGGGGUCUUGCCAAUCCGAUGGAAUGGAUGCUGCGAGCGAUUUGUUUUUUGCAUUUAAACGAAACCCUUAAUUGUAUGCCUAAUUUUAUGAGAUAUUUUAAUUUAAAGUGCAAUUGUUUAAACUUUUACAACGUUUUGAUGCCCUAUAUAACAGAUCGAUGAUUGUAAAUAUAACUAAUCGACACUAAUUUACGUAUUUAAACAUAAAAAAUUUAAUUAAAGCCGGUCCUUUGUGGCAGCGCCUAUUUCCUUAUACAAAACUUAUUAAUCCACAAAAUACAUAACGAAAAAAAAAAAAAACGAAACAAUUAUAUUUUAUGCCAUAAA